GAAAAACUACACAAGCAGAGAGAGAAGAGCAAGAGAGGAGGACGCACCAUAAAAUAAAGAUCUGUUAACAGAUAUUUCGGUGUGUGUUGUUUCGCCUCAGCAGCAUGGCUGUGGUCAUCCGCAUGCAGGGUCUCCCGAUAGUGGCGGGGACCAUGGACAUACGCCAUUUCUUCUCUGGAUUGACCAUCCCAGAUGGUGGGGUGCAUAUUGUAGGGGGUGAACAUGGUGAGGCUUUUAUUGUUUUCGCCACAGAUGAAGAUGCCAGGCUUGGCAUGAUGCGUAACGGGGGAGCAAUCAAAGGUUCAAAAGUGUCACUUUUGCUGAGCAGCAAGACCGAGAUGCAGAAUAUGAUUGAGCUUAGCCGCAGGCGUUUUAAAACGGGCAAUGUAGAGGGAGCAGCAGGAAAUGGUAGAAGGCCAGGUCCCCCCGUCAACACAUGUGGGAGGGGCAGUCUACCCAACACUUUACAAGGGUUCAGCAACACCACACCAGCCACCGUCACCACAGCUGCCUCUGCACAUGAAACCAUAAGCAACAAAAAUGUGUCCACGUUUGCCACCACUGGCAUGGGAAACAUGCCCCCCAGUUUCAGCAACAACUUCAGCAGCCCAAAUCUCACCAUGGGAUCCAGUAUGAGAACAGCCAUGUCCUCCCGCAACUCUGUACCACCACCUAUUCACCCUUUGACAACCAUGCCAUCUUUGCCACCCAUGCCUUCCAUACCCCCCAUGCCACUUCCACCACCAGUGUCCUCUGUGCCUCCUGUUCCCACUGUGUCACCUUUAACCCAAGGCCCCCCUGUCCUUCCCAUGAGUCUGUCCCACAUGGGCUCAAUGCCACCAUUCAACCCAGGUGUCCCACCCCCUAGUGGACUGGCCCCAAAUCACAUGUUUGUUGGCCAUAUGAACCCUCUGUUAAAUCUCCAGGCACACAUGAAGGCAGCAAUAGGUAAUUCAGACAAGUUAUAUGUUCACCUUCAAGGCCUGCCCUUCUCAGCUACUGAAAUGGAUAUUGGGGAGUUUUUCUGUGGGUUACUGGUGGACUCCAUCCGACUGGUCAGGGACAACAUUGGCCGGAGUAGCGGCAGGGCCCUGGCCAAGUUCUUUUCCCCUCAGGACACUUUUGAGGCGCUCAAAAGAAGCAGCAGAAUGUUAAGGCAGAGGUACGUGGACAUCUCUCCGGCCACAGAGAGCCAGUGGAUGAGUGUCAGCAGUGGUGGCAACGGGGUUGGAGGGCAAGCCCAUUCAAAAUCCAGUAAUGUGCCCCAAGACCAGCACCACCGCAGCAACAUGAAUUCAGCAUCUCCUUCAACCAGAGAUCAUGCAAGGUCUCGCUCCCCUCACAACAAGGAGUUCUGUGUCUACCUAAAAGGCCUGCCCUACGAAGCAGUAAAUAAACAGAUCUGUGAGUUCUUCAAAAAGCUGGACAUUAUGGAAGACCGCAUUUACAUUGCUUAUGGACCCACUGGCCGAGCUACAGGUGAGGGCUUUGUCCAGUUGAAAAAUGAAAUGGAUUACAAGGUUGCCCUCAGCUGUCACAUGCAGUAUAUGGGAAGCCGAUUCAUACAAGUUCACCCCAUCAGUAAGAAAGCUAUGUUUGAAAAGAUUGAUUCCAUUCGUCAAAGGAUGCAGGGUGUUGAUAAGAAAAACAACUCUGAGUCCGGCAAGAGCCCUAGAAACUGUGCACACAUCUCAAAUAUUCCAUAUAAUGUGUCAAAGAAAGAUGUCCGUCUGUUUCUGGAAGGCAUUGCAGUAUUUGAAGAAAGUCUUAAAGUUCUGGUUGACAGCAGUGGUAACGGUCUAGGUCAGGCUGUUGUGCAGUUCAGGGUAGAGGAGGAUGCGCUAAAUGCUGAGAGACUACACAGGCAGAAGUUAAAUGGUAGAGAUGCCUUUGUGCAUUUGGUCACCUUUGAGCAGAUGAAGGAAAUCGAGAGAAACCCACCACCACAGGUUAAGAGAGGCCAGAAAUUUGAAGGGAACUCUCAAGGCCAGGCACACGGCCAUGCUCAGGCACAGAAUCCUAUUCAAGCCCAAGCUCACCCCUUUGCCAGUAUAACAGGAGAAGAGUUCAACUUCCUCAGAAACACUGUUGGCAAUUUAGGCAAUGGUCCUUUUGCUCAAUUUACUGUCCCAGGUAAUGGAAUAGUGGGCCCUCCUCCUCUACCCCCAUUUUCAGCAAGUCUAGAGAAUGUAGCCCUUAGCAUUCCCCCACCCAUGGUUGCUGGUCACUUGCCUGGAGCAGUUCUGGCACCCCCAAGCUUCCGACCAGGUAGCAACAAUGGCCCACCUGGCUUUGGACCAGAGGGCAUGAGGGACAGGCCACCUUUUGACAACGGCUCUAGAAAGAGCGGAGGCCAUAACAACCGAGGAAGUGGCCAAGGGCGUUUAGAAGUGCGCCCUCAGUCUGCCUUGGGCCGUGGCCCUGGCUCUGACCCUCUGAGAGAGCAGUCACCCGGAGGCCCUGGUAACCCUCGUGGACCAACCAUUGUAAAGAUCCAAAACAUGCCUUUCACCGUAACAGUCGAUGAGAUCCUAGAUUUCUUUUAUGGGUAUCAAGUGCUGCCUGGUUCAGUCUGUCAACAGUUCAGUGAAAAGGGCCUGCCCACUGGUGAGGCAAUGGUUGCCUUUGAGUCACACGAGGAGGCAUCAUCUGCUGUCAUGGAUUUAAAUGAUAGGCCUAUUGGGGCUAGGAAAGUGAAGAUAACUCUAGGAUAAGACUCCAAUGUUCCUCUCUACCAAUAAUGAUUAAGUGAAACAUCCGGUUUCAUUAAUGCAAAGGUAAGAACUUGCAUUUAGGAUUUAAGCUCCCAACUAUCUUUAGCUCCUUUACCAAAGUUAUCAAGUUGCUAGUAGCGUAAGAAUCAAAUGGAACGCUGCUAUAUUGAUUUGAUGUAUAAUAUAGCUAAAGUGGGAUGUUUGGAUUUUCCAAAUGGCAAAAAGCCAACUGUUGAUGUAGCUUGAGUCCAAUCAUAUUUAGAGUAAGAGCCUUGGAUGAUAUGGUUGGAUUAAGAGGAUAGUCUUAUUUCUGUGCUGAGAUGUCACUUUCACUUGGAAGCAUGUAUUAUUUUCAAAUGCCCUGACACAUUUUGUGUUCUUGUAUUUCUUCCAUAGAUUUAACAUUCUCUUUGUGAUGAUUUUCUAAAGGGGGUACUUGCCAAAUGCUGCCAUGCAUGGUGUUAGUACAGAGAACACUCAUUGUGUCAUGGUUAAAGCGUUUGCUUAUUUGCUCUAUGCUGUUUUUCACUGUUAAUAAAUGCAAAUGUCAAUGUUGCUAGCUAUGUUGUAUGAUAAAUUGUACUGCUUGUUUCUGAGAAAAAGAUGUUGAACAUUGCAUUUGGUUUAAUGGUCUGCAGAGCUCUUCAGAACUUUUUGUAUCUGCCAACCCUCCCACUGCGAUAUACUCUUUUGAAAAUGAGCUGUUUUGCAAAGAUGUAAAUACUAUUUGGAAUGUUUUAGUUUUGUAGUGUUGUCUAACAAGAGACACUUAAGUUUUAUAUUUUUGGGGACGUUCCAGCUUAUUUCACAAGUGUGUAUAUACUGUUUAGCUUACACUUUUGUCAAUAAAAUGACAUUCCUGACAGAUUUACAAGCCAUUCUAUUUUUCUCAUUUUUCACUUGCUUGAUGAUUUUCUAUAUGAACAAUAAAAUGGUUUUGGGAAGGCACCCAGAUUUUACCAAACGGUC